AUGCUGCAACCAGAGGAAAAAGUAGGCAAAAUGCCACAACUUAACAUUAGCAGGGCUUCCGGGGAAGUCAGUAGAUAAAACAACGUAUGACGUUAUCAAAUUCCUGAGAGAAACCGAUUUGAAUAACAUAAUCUAUAUUUUUUUCUUUUCUUUGUAUUUUAUUACACUCCAGUCCAGUUGGUGGCGAUAAUGCACCGAUAAGUUAGUUUGCCAACCGCCAGGACACCCAGAAGGAGAAGACGACGACGACGACGACGACGACGCAGAAGCAGAAAGAACAAACAUUUCCUCCUUACUCGCCGAGCAGCACUAAACGUAAGCAGUGAACGCUUGAGAAACAAUAAGAAGUCGACUGGUGACGUUUUACGAUGAAAAGGCAGCAAGAGGAGCCCCGGGCAGGCUAGUUGCGAAAACGCUAACGUUAGCGCCAUUAGCUCAUUCAUCGACGCCGCUCAAGCGUUGUUGCUGGGAGACGAGAGGACGUUCCUCCCGUCUUCGCCAUGGCGGACAUCAAGAAUUUCCUCUACGCCUGGUGCGGCAAAAAGAAGUUGACCCCUAACUACGACAUCCGCGCCGCCGGCAACAAAAACCGAUUCAUGUGCGAGGUGCGCGUGGACGGCUUCAACUACACUGGGAUGGGCAACUCCACCAACAAGAAGGACGCUCAGUCCAACGCCGCUCGAGACUUUGUCAACUUCCUGGUCCGAGCGGGCGAAAUAAGCGCCGCCGAGGUUCCGGCCCUUGGCGCGGGCGUGACCGAGCACGCGGCAGGCGGCGAUCAGCCCGACGGAGAAGCCAAGGCCUCGUUUGGGAGUCUGCCGUCCGGGGGGCCGCUGCCGCCUCACCUUGUGGUGAAGGCGGAACAAGAGGAGUUCGGGGCCGGGCCAGUUCAGGGGGUGACUGGACUGGGCUACUCGGGCGGCGGCGGCAGAGUAGCUGACUGGGAGCGCGGCGCCAACCUAAAGGAAUAUUACGCCAGGCGGGACGAACAGGACGCUCAGGCGACUCUGGAGUCCGAGGAGGUGGACCUGAACGCCAGUCUCCACGGCAACUGGACUCUGGAGAACGCCAAGGCCCGUCUGAACCAGUUCUUCCAGAAGGAGAAGACCAGCGCUGAGUAUAAAUACAGCCAAGUGGGGCCGGACCACAACAGGAGUUUUAUCGCCGAGAUGCAGCUGUUCGUCAGACAACUCGGUCGCCGCGUGACUGCGCGUGAGCACGGCUCCAACAAGAAACUGGCGGCGCAGUCGUGCGCCUUGUCUCUGGUGCGCCAGCUGUACCACCUGGGCGUCAUAGAGGCCUACUCGGGGGUCACCAGGAAGAAGGAAGGAGAAAGUCUUGAAGUCUUUGACGUGCCGGUCUCUCCGGACCUUCAGCAGCAGCUCGGCAUCGUGGUCGAGGAGCUGGGAGUCCGGAUCCCCCCGCCCCCCGCAGAUCCCGGCGAGACGGUGUCUCUGGUGGCCACCAAGAUGGCGUCGUUUGAGCCGUCUCAGCGGCAGAGUGGCGCCGGCGUGGUGCCGUGGUCGCCCCCGCAGGUCAAUUGGAACCCCUGGACCAGCAGCAACAUUGACGAGGGCCCGCUGGCCUUUUGCACCCCGGAGCAGAUCAGUAAAGACCUUCAGGACGAGAUGACGGAUCGGCUGCGGCGCGACGACGACCUUCACAAGAUGCUGACGGAUCGCGAGCAGCUGCCCGUCAAACAGUUUGAGGAGGAGAUCAUGUCCGCGGUGGACAGCAACCCGGUGGUGAUCAUCCGAGGAGCGACCGGCUGCGGGAAGACCACGCAGGUCCCGCAGUACAUCCUGGACCGCUUCAUCAGGGAGGGCCGAGCCUCAGACUGCAACAUCGUCGUCACGCAGCCGCGACGUAUAAGCGCGGUGUCUGUGGCGGAGCGCGUGGCGAUGGAGCGGGCCGAGGAUCUGGGUCGGAGCUGCGGCUACAGCGUUCGCUUCGAGUCCAUUCUGCCUCGCCCCCACGGGAGCAUCCUUUUCUGCACUAUCGGCGUGCUCCUGAGAAAACUGGAGGCGGGGAUCCGCGGCAUCAGCCACGUCAUCGUGGACGAGAUCCAUGAGAGAGACAUCAACACGGACUUCCUGAUGGUGGUCCUCAGAGACGUGGUCCGGGCCUUCCCGCAGAGCCGUGUCAUCCUCAUGUCGGCCACCAUCGACACCAGCAUGUUCCGCGAGUACUUCUUCAACUGCCCCAUCAUUGAGGUGUUUGGACGCACCUUCUCCGUGCAAGAGUACUUCUUGGAGGACUGCGUCCAGAUGACCAACUUUGUGCCGCCCCCGCCGGACCGCAAGAAGAAAGACAAAGACGAGGAGGGCGGCGGAGACGAAGACACCAACUGUAACGUGAUGUGCGGGCCCGAGUACUCGGCGGAGACCAAGCGCUCCAUGGCGCUGUUGAAUGAGAAGGAGAUGUCCUUCGAGCUGGUGGAGGCGCUGCUCAAGUACAUCGAAACGCUGCAGGUUUCGGGCGCCGUCCUGGUCUUCCUGCCCGGCUGGAACCUCAUCUACGCCAUGCAGCGCCACCUGCAGUGCAACCCGCACUUCGGAAGUAGCCGCUACCGGAUCCUCCCGCUUCACUCGCAGGUACCCCGGGAGGAGCAGAGGCUCGUGUUUGAGCCCGUGCCGGACAACAUCAGGAAGGUGAUUUUGUCCACCAACAUAGCAGAGACCAGCAUCACCAUCAAUGACGUAGUCUACGUCAUAGACUCCUGCAAGCAGAAGGUGAAGCUGUUCACGUCUCACAACAACAUGACUAACUACGCCACCGUGUGGGCCUCCAAGACCAACCUGGAGCAGAGGAAAGGGCGAGCCGGACGAGUCCGUGCCGGAUUCUGUUUCCACCUCUGCAGCCGGGCGCGAUUUGACAGACUGGAGACCCACAUGACUCCAGAGAUCUUUCGGACUCCGCUGCAUGAAGUUGCUCUGAGCAUCAAGCUGCUGAGGCUCGGCGCCAUUGGUCACUUUCUGUCUAAAGCCAUCGAGCCGCCGCCAUUGGACGCAGUCAUUGAGGCGGAACACACGCUUAGAGAACUGGACGCGCUGGACUCGAACGACGAGCUUACUCCGCUGGGGCGCAUCCUGGCCCGCUUGCCCAUCGAACCUCGUCUGGGGAAGAUGAUGAUCAUGGGUUGCAUUUUCCAUGUGGGCGACGCCAUGUGCACAAUCUCUGCGGCGUCAUGCUUCCAAGAACCGUUCAUCAAUGAGGGAAAGCGUCUGGGCUUCGUCCACAGGAACUUCGCCGGCAGCCGCUUCUCGGACCACGUGGCGCUCUUGUGCGUCUUCCAGGCCUGGGACGACGUCAGGAUUAAUGGCGAGGACGCAGAAAGUCGUUUCUGCGAACACAAACGUCUCAACAUGGCCACCCUGAGGAUGACCUGGGAGGCCAAAGUCCAGCUGAAGGAGAUCUUGGUCAACUCUGGAUUUCCCGAAGAGAGUCUGAUGACGCAGAUGUUCACGGCGAUGGGACCGGACAACAACUUGGACGUGGUGGUGUCUCUGCUGACCUACGGCGCUUAUCCCAACGUUUGUUUCCACAAGGAGAAGAGGAAGAUCCUCACCACAGAGGGACGGAACGCCCUCAUCCACAAAUCCUCCGUCAACUGCCCCUUCACCAGCCACGACCUAGUCUACCCUUCGCCCUUCUUCGUCUUCAGCGAGAAGAUCCGCACGCGAGCUAUCUCUGCUAAAGGGAUGACCUUGGUCAGCGCGCUGCAGCUUCUGCUCUUCGCCUGCAAGGUGGUCUCCUCCAACGGAGAAGUGGUGGAGCUUGACGACUGGAUCAAGCUGCGGAUCCCUCACGAUACGGCGGGCCACAUCCUGGCUCUCCGGGCGGCGCUGGAGGCGCUGGUGGUGGAAGUUAGCAAAGACCCCGAGUACAUCUCCCAUAUGGACCAGAGCAACCAGCGGCUGCUUAACCUCAUCAGACAUCUUUCCAAGCCUUCUGCCGCAGGGAUCAAUCUGGCUGCUGCCAACCACAGGAUGGGUGAUGGCCCUCGCCCCCCCAAGAUGGCACGCCUUGAUGGAGGAGGUGGAAGAGGCUACCAGGGCGGAAGAGGGGGGUUCAGAGGAGGUGGGGGUGGGUACAGAGGGGGCGGUGGGGGAGGUUACAGAGGGGGGGGCGGCUACCGUGGAGGCGGAGGGGGCUACAGAGGCGGCGGAGGUGGCUAUCGGGGCGGAAGAGGAGGGUAUGGCGGAGGAGGAGGAGGCUACAGAGGAAGUGGAGGCUACGGAGGAAGGGGGGGCCGAGAAGGCUACGGAGGUUACUAAGUGGAAACGUUUGGUUGUAUUGUCUACUGUUUUUUUCUUUAAUAAAUCAACAAAUCAUUU